GGAAUUCUUCUACUUGCCUGUCAUUAGAUUAUUCUAUCGAUCGUGAUGUUAUGAAAACCAGGUAUCUAAUUGCUGGUCCGUAAAAAGCGCAUGCGCAACAUGUAUGAGACAAGUUAUUGCGAUUGGUAGUUGCUUAGCAGACUCCAUCCACUGCGCAUCUUCAGCUGCUUGUCCAUCGACGCGUUCGUUUGCAAACUAUAGCAACUCAUUGUUGAACUGACGCAGCAUUAUAUGGGCAUUCUGGUCAACUACUCGAGUUGCAGACGACAUGCAUAUUAACGGUUUCAUCUGUUUUGCACUCGUGUUCUAUCCAAGUUUUGCGUUACGAAGAAACAACAGAGAAACCGUAAGAGAUGUGGAAAAUACAAGUGUGGAACGCAACUUGAAGCAAGAAAACGAGACUAUAGAGACAUUCCAGCGUCUGAUUAAUGGUUAUGAUAAGCAAAUUAGGCCAUACUUUGGAACUGGUCAACCAACCAACGUGCUCGUAGAUAUAUAUGUGGCAAGCUUUGAUAGUAUACGAGAAUCACACAUGGAUUACUCACUGACUCUUCACCUGCGGCAAAGAUGGACUGAUCCAAGGCUUCGGCAUGAAGGUACAUUCCUGCCACCAACGUCUCAUAUCAUCGACGAUAUAUGGCUACCUGAUCUCAUUUUUACUAAUGCUAAAGAAUCAAAAUUUCAUGACAUCACGUUCCUAAAUAAAGUGGUGAAUAUUAGUGAAACGGGAGAGGUUCUGUAUAUUACAAGGUUGAGUCUUUUAUUAUCGUGUGCUAUGGACUUUCAUCAUUUCCCACUGGAUCAGCAAAAAUGCGAGAUGGAGAUGGAGUCAUUUAAGUACACCACGGAUGAGCUUCAAUACUAUUGGGUACACGAAGAGCCUGCUGAAUUCCAUGGAAACCAUAUGAAGUUACCGCAAUAUGAAAUAUCUGGUAUCCAUAUCGGAGAAUGCAAUAAAGUAUUAAAGACAGGUAAAUAUUCAUGCAUCGUGGUUGAAUAUCUUUUUAGUCGGAACAUUGGAUACUAUCUACUACAGACAUACAUACCUAGCAUUCUGCUGGUUGUAAUGUCAUGGGUCUCGUUCUGGAUAGAAAUAAAAAGCUCCCCAGCCCGUGUGGCAUUGGGCGUGACGACAGUUCUUACGAUGAUAACUGCGACCAAUGGUGUGCGAGAGGACUUACCGCAUGUAUCGUACGUCAAGGCUAUUGAUAUUUGGUUUGCCGCCUGUUUAAUAUUUGUCAUUGGCGCUCUACUAGAAUUUGCCAUUGUGCAUCAUUUCUCUGUGACAAAAGUGAAAAAUAAAAACCAAUGGACCAACUCUCCUACAAAGUAUGCGACAUCAGAUAAUGCUGAUGUUGAAAGUUGCAUUAAGCUAACUAUAGUGGACAAAUCUUUCGACAACGAAAAUGCCGAUGACGGCCGAAGAAGACACGAUCGUAGGAAAAAUUAUCGCGACACAGCUCCGCCACGUUCUCCUCCUUACGAUACACAAGCAAAUCAGCACGGUCAAGUAUCCAUUCUCGGAUCAUGCUGCCAUGGUGAAAAAAAGGAUGAUAGUUAUCGUUUUGGUAAAAAGAUUGACAUGUUCUGUCGAUUCGCCUUCCCUCUAGCCUUUUUUAUAUUUAAUGUUGCAUAUUGGGGAUAUUAUGUGAAAAGCAAAGAAGAACCUUCAUUUGAUAUUUAACCACUCGAGAUUCUCUGAUUUUAGUAUUCGAUAUAAACGCUCAGUAAUAAACAAUCUGGAUUUGAACAAUAUUGUACAUAACAAUGUUAUGUUACUUAUCGCCCCAAGAUGUGACCUCUACACGUGUAACUGUUGUAACAUGCGAAUAUUAGUAUAGGCCUAAAUCUCUAAAAAUCGUUGUUGUUCUACUGGUAUAUGUUAACAGGAUACAUGUGUUAGGCCUAUGUUUACUACCUGUGUCUUUAUCUACUUCAUGAGAUGUAAUUAGAAAAAAAGAGUGUAUUUAUAAUAUGUACAGGGUAUAUGUAUUUAUCUGAAUAAGAGUUAGAAUGAUGCAACGUUGUAAAUUAAAUUAUGUAUUGUUAAAUCAAUUUAUAUUGCGGGAUUGUUAUUUCCUACAGAUCCCUAAAGAAUAAUUGUGAACUGAAUAAUGCAUUUAAUGAUCACUAAUUAUUAGUGAUCAUAUUUUAUUUUAUAUACUAUUCUAAUAAUAGUAUGCUGGUCCAUUGAUAAUUAAAAAUAAAAGAAUGACUAUAUAAAUAAAGGCAGUGAUUUAGAGAGUUGUACUAGACGCGAGCUGAUAUAAGUUUACGAGUAAAUAGGCAAACAUAUUCCCCCGCAUAGAAGUGCACGCCCCGUAUAGAAGUGCACAUGUUUGUUUAUGACGAUUUGUAUGUAGGAAAGAUACAGAGUUGCUGUUUUUUCAUAAUAUCGUAAAAGCUCGAAUAAGCGCCGCGGCUCUUAUAAAAUAUAUUUGAGGCUUCAGUGCGGCGCUUAUUCCAGAGCAGCGCUUAUUCCAGAGCGGCGCUUAUAAAAUCCCAUGUUACCACCUAUCUCACGUAUUC